AUGGGAUGGACGGCACACACACACACACACACGCUCUAUCUGAAAAUAUUUGUUCUUUACUGGUCUGUGUCUCGCGCGCGUGCCACCACAACGUCUUCACGUCUGUCACGCACGUCUUCUCAUUGCGACGUUUGCAGCAGAGCACACACGGAGUGCUGCGUUCCCGUUUGCGCCUUGUUCACCCUUUUGUUUCGAUUUUGCAUCCACCGAAAGGCGUCCGUGCCGCAGCCUCUCUCUGCUUCAACUUGUGGGAGCUGUGUACCCACAGUCGAACCGCCCUUCUUAGUAUUCGCCCACCGCCCCACCUCCCACACACACAGACAGACCGAAAGACACCUGCCGUGCAUAAUGUCCAUCUCCGUGCGGAUUCGUACACCGAAGAGCAGCACACCGGAGCAGGUGGAGCUGAACUCUAGCGGAACUUGGGGCGAGGCUGCCGUGCUGCUAUCCCGGAAAUCAGAGGUAGCACUCGAGCGGCUGCGCGUGCUCGCCGGCUUCCCCCCAAAGGCGGUGGAUCUGGCUGCCGACAGCCCCCUUAGUGCACUCAAGCUGCGCGCUAAUGACAUGCUGAUUGUUCAAGAGGGAGAAGCCAAGGUGCAGCUCGGUAACACAGGAGAGCGCUAUGUUCCCCCGGCCCCUGAGCGGGCCCACCUCACGCGCCGUCGAUGCCCGGCAGACAACAGCUGCCUCUUCCACGCCUGCGCCUACGUGCUGCGCGACAAGAGCCGCACCGAGGGACCGCAGCUCCGGCAAGAGUGCGUGCAGGCCGUACUGGAUCACCCCGAAAUGUUCAACGUGAAUACGCUGGGCAUGGACCCCCUCGCCUACGCCUCGUGGCUUUCGCAGAAGGACACGUGGGGUGGCGCCAUUGAGCUGGAGAUACUGUCCUUUUUGUACAAGACGGAGAUGUUCGCUUUGGAUCUGCAGUCGGUCACCGUGCAGCGCUUUGGCACAGGACUGGGUUACACCGUGCGCGCUUUUCUCGUGUACACGGGCAACCACUACGACUGCAUUGCCAUGAAUCCAGUGUACAACUCCGCCUCCGAGCGCGAGGAUCAGACGCUGUUCAGCAGCCGUGACGAGAACGUCUUGGUACGGGCGAAGCGUUUCGUUGCCGAAGAAGGGCAGAAGAUGAAGGAGGGCAAGGCCACAUAG